GGGAGGGGAGCAAAUAUUGUAGUGGAGUGGAUUGGAAAAGCAAAAGAAGAUGUCUUUCUCAAACACAGAUCCCUAUGGAAUGCAGGAAUGAUGACCGGCAUUGCUUGCUGGAACUCAUUCUUUUUGUUUACUUUAAAGGCACUCCCUUUGAUCUGUUUCCAAGUCUUUCCAGAGAGAGAGAGAGAGAGAGAAUGUAUCUAUGUAUGUAUGUAUUGUUUCAGUGAGUUUUUAGAUAUAUAAACCAGUUUUCAGAAUGGUGGGAAUUCAAACAAGAAAGGAUUGUUGGGUUAUGAUUGUUUCUCUCUUUUUAAUUGUGUCCCAAUGAUUGAGUUGCUGUGAUCUUCUUCUUCUUCUUCUAAGAUAGAUAGAGAAAUGAACUCUCUGAGUAAUGAUGGUAAUAGUAACUGGUUGGGGUUUUCACUGUCUCCACAAAUGAAUAACAUGGAGGGCAGCCAUGGCCAUGGCCAUGGUUCCUCUUCUGUUUCUUCUGCUUCAGUUCCUCUAAGUUUUUCCCAGGCUGCUCCAUCUCACAUCAACUAUAAUAACACCACUGGGGGGAGUUGUUACUAUGGAGGUGAUCAGACUGAAAAUGCAGCAUUCUUGUCUUCAUUGUCUGUGAUGCCUUUAAAGUCUGAUGGCUCACUUUGCAUAAUGGAGGCCUUCAACAAUAGGUCACACCCACAAGGUUUGGCCCCAAAACUGGAGGACUUCUUUGGGGAUGCAGCAAUGGGGACCCAUCACUAUGACAGAACUGGAGGAGGGGGUAUGGCUCUUAGCUUGGAUAGCAUGUAUUACCAUAACCAAAACCCAGAAAAUGAGGCCACCCAUAGUCAAGAUUUCCUCACCCAUCUUCAACAAAAGUCCAGGCACCAUCAUCAUCAGUUCCAAGAUUUCACUGGGGAACUGAGAGGGCCUGAGAUUUACCAGCAGGGGCAGGGGAAGGCUCAUCAAUGUGGCAGCCUUGAGGUGCCAAGCAUGGAGGAUAAUAACCAGAUGAAGAACUGGGAUUCAAGAAGCUACAGUGCAGGUGGUGGGCAUGCUGCAUUGGAGCAGCAGAAGAUGAUGGGGUGCAUGGAUGCAGAGCCUGGGGCUAUUACUGCAAUGGGGUAUGGGGAUUUUCACUCUCUCAGCUUGUCCAUGAGCCCUGGUUCACAGUCAAGCUGUGUGAAUGUGAAUGUGAAUCCCACACAGCACCACCAAAUCCCACCCACUGUUGCAGACUGUAUGGCCAUGGAGACCAAGAAGAGAGGGCUUGAAAAGGUGGAACAGAAGCAGAUUGUUCAUAGGAAGUCCAUUGACACCUUUGGCCAAAGAACCUCACAGUACAGAGGUGUCACCAGGCACAGGUGGACUGGCAGAUAUGAAGCUCAUUUAUGGGACAACAGUUGUAAGAAAGAAGGACAGAGCAGGAAGGGAAGACAAGUUUACCUAGGGGGUUAUGACAAUGAAGAAAAGGCAGCAAGGGCAUAUGAUUUAGCUGCACUCAAAUACUGGGGACCCUCCACACAUAUAAACUUUUCGUCUGAAAACUAUCAGCAAGAGCUUGAAGAUAUGAAGAACAUGACUAGGCAAGAAUAUGUAGCUCACUUAAGAAGAAAGAGCAGUGGUUUCUCCAGGGGAGCUUCAAUUUACAGAGGAGUAACAAGCAGGCAUCAUCAACAUGGAAGAUGGCAAGCUAGGAUUGGAAGAGUGGCUGGAAACAAGGAUCUUUAUCUAGGAACAUUCAGCACCCAAGAAGAAGCAGCUGAGGCGUAUGACAUUGCAGCGAUUAAGUUUAGAGGCGUAAAUGCGGUCACGAAUUUCGACAUUUCCAGGUACGAUGUUGACCGGAUAAUGGCGAGCACCAAUCUCCUCGCCGGGGAACAGGCCCGCCGGAACAAGGACGCCGGACCGCCGCCUAGUAAUAUUGAGGUCGUGACCAAGAAUCCAAACCAGAACGGCGGCGGCGAUCACGGGAGCGUUCAUCAGGAGGAUAAUGCAAACGCCGGCGGCGCCGCGCCGGACUGGAGAAUAGCGCUUUAUCAGUCGACGGCGGAGGCGGCGCCGCCGCAGAGCUCGUCGGCGUGUUUCGGGUUGGGGGAAUCGGCGGCGAGAACGCUGAUGAGCGCUCACUUGUCGAACGCUUCUUCGCUGGUAACCAGCGUGGAGAGCUCCCGGGAAUGCAGCCCCGACAAGAUGAACACCGUCGGAAUGGGAUCGGCGGCGGCGACGAGUAGCAGCACGAGUUCUUGGAUCUCGUCGGCGCAGCUGAGGCCUCAUGUGCCGGUUUUCGCUGCAUGGACUGACAACAUUAUCUGAACAUCUUUUUUCAUGACUACAAGAAGAAGAAAUUAUGAUACAAUGGCCUACCUAGCUAGCUAUAUUUUCCAUUAUUUAGGUUUUUUGAUCAUUUAGUCCUUGAAAAUUGUUAAGUGUUCAAUGGAUAUGGUAGUAGCCUUUCAAUUUGGCAUU